CCUGCUCUCCUCUUAUGAUGGCCUUGGUCCGGAAUCGCAGGGCUCAUUAUGUCAUGAGCAUAGUUAUUAGAUGGGUUCACUGCUUUUCCUCCUCCUUGAGGGGGACCUUUGGCACACGCUGGGAGGCCAUGAAAGCCAAGGCCACCGAGCUGCGGGUCUGCUGCGCGCGUAGGAAGCGAGAAGCUCGGGAAUCCAAGCCCCCACAAAUGCGCGGGUCCACGAGACUUAACAUUUCAGAUGAUUUAAAGAUUGGCUUUUUCAGCACAGACCAUGCCACUCAAACCGAUUCCAGUGAAAUACUGUCAGUAAAAGAAUUGAGUUCAUCUACACAAAAGUUAGCACAGAUGAUGAAAUCCCUCCAGGUAGAUUUUGGGUUCCUCAAACAAUUGCUUCAGUUGAAGUUUGAAGACCGACUGAAAGAGGAAUCUUUGAGUCUCUUCACCAUUCUGCAUGACAGGAUCCUAGAAAUUGAAAAGCAUUAUCAACAGAAUGAGGAUAAGAUGAGAAAAUCCUUCAAUCAGCAGUUAGCUGAUGCCAUAGCUGUUAUCAAAGGAAUGUACCAGCGAUUCUUUGAGGUAGAAGAAGAGAAUGUUUAUUUGCAAGAUGCGAGUAGUGUCAAAACAAAUAUUUUGUUAAGAAAACUGAAAGAGAAAGAAGAAGUUAUUAAAGAAUUAAAAGAAGAACUAGACCAAUAUGAAGAUUUUAGAUUUCACAAAAUGGAAUCUUUUGCCGAAGAAACCAGCUCUCCAAAAUCAAACCUAGAAAAGGAAAAUUUGGAGUACAAAGUGGAAAAUGAGAGGCUGCUUCAGAUCAUUUCAGAGCUUGAAGAAGAAAUCCAGAUCAAUCUAAAAGAAAAUUCAGGAUUAGAAGAUGAACUUAUAAGUAUGAAAGAGAUGGCAGAAAAGGAUCACAAAACUAUUCAAAAGUUAAUGGAUAGUAGAGACAGAUUAAGAGAAGAGCUUCAUUAUGAAAAAUCAUUAGUUCAGGAUGUGAUUAAUAAACAGAAAGAGGACAAGGAAAUGAGAAAAAAGUAUGGCAGCUUAAGUGUAAAGGCUGUAAGAUCAGCCAAGGGGAGAGAAGCCUCUUUGUCCCCAUGGCCCAAGUCUCCACCCAGCACCACAGCUUCGAGGCCACAUUCUGCGACCAUGAGUGUAUCAUCUGCUGGGGCCAAGAAAGCUAAGACACCAAAGAAGGCUUUAAAGGAAGACCAAGCUGUGGUUGAAGACAAACAUGGUUUGGAGUCUCAAAUAGAAGCAUUAAAGGCAAAUUUAGAGAAUGAGAAAAAGAAGGUGGAAAGGUUUAGGAGGGAAGCAGAUCGACUAAAUAAAAGCUGGGAAAAGAGAUUCUUUAUUCUCAGGAACAGCUUUCAUGUCCUUAAGAAUGAGAUGUUUACAAGGCACACACUGUUUCGUCAGUUUGCAGUGCUUGCCGACACAUCCUUCAAUUAUAUUAAAGUAAAACCCUUAUUAGUGCAGUCUAGAACGACCAUGACAGGUACAUCCUCUUCAAGUCAUUGUACAUCUUCAAGAGACAGUAAGCAUGUGGAUGUAGUCAGUGAUCAGGCAUCCCUUCAACUUUCACCAAAAGGGAAGUUGUCGGAAUCCCCAAAAGAAGAGUCCUUGGAGGAGCCAUCCAUGCGCCGGAGCAGCCCCGCAGACUGUUGAUUAACCCAGCAGAAGCCUGGGCUGCGCAGACAGGGCCUCAGAAAGAGUGGCCUCGCCGUCCUGGUGUAAGGUGCCUCCCUCGCAAAGGAUACUAUCUCCAAGGAUUUUCUAAACUAAUUGUUUAAUCUCUCCAGAUUAUGUACAUUAACCAGCACGGCGCUCGAAUAGACCUCAAUGCGCGCCUUGUCCGCGCUCCUUUCCACGCCUUUAAGGAAAGCCCUGGCUGGUGCGGGGUGAGCGGUGCGCACUGAACCUGCAGGGCAACCACAUCCAUUCAGGCGCUCCGGGGACUCAGAAGAGCCCAGGCGUCUAAGAGUGGGAAGGAACGGACUUUAAUUAAAAAGUUUGACUCCCUCUCUAA